ACACUUUGCCUCUCCAUUUGCACACAACAAUUCCCCCCCUUUCCACUUCCUAGUUCUUCCCCCUCAUUUUUGCAAGAAAAUCCUCCUCACACUCCCACAAAUCACUCCUACAACUGAAGAAAACAAAAAAAAGACUGCAUCAUCAUUAACAAGUAACAACAACAAUGGAAGAUCCCGCCAUUCUAGGAGGCGCAUCACUCCCUUCACCCGCAUCAACCGACGCCAAGAAACGCCGCGUAACCUACUUCUACGAACCUUCAAUCGGCGACUAUUACUACGGUCAAGGCCACCCCAUGAAACCUCACCGCAUUCGUAUGGCCCACAAUCUCAUCGUCCACUACUCUCUUCAUCGUCGCAUGGAAAUCAACCGCCCUUUUCCCGCUGCAUCUUCUGAUAUUCGUCGCUUUCAUUCCGACGACUACGUUGAUUUUCUCUCCACCGUCUCACCUGAACUUUGUGCCGCAAAUUCUAUCUCUUCUUCCGUUUCUUCGCUCGAUCACUCGCACUCUAGGCAUCUUAAGAGGUUUAAUGUUGGCGAUGAUUGUCCUGUUUUUCCUGGGCUUUUCUCGUUUUGUCAAGCGUCUGCUGGUGGUUCGAUUGGUGCGGCGGUUAAGUUGAAUCGUAAGGAUGCGGAUAUUGCUAUUAAUUGGGCUGGUGGUUUGCAUCAUGCUAAGAAGUCUGAAGCUUCUGGGUUUUGUUAUGUUAAUGAUAUUGUGCUUGGGAUUCUUGAGCUUCUUAAAUAUCAUAGGCGGGUGCUGUACAUCGAUAUUGAUGUGCAUCAUGGAGAUGGUGUUGAAGAGGCCUUUUACACCACUGAUAGAGUUAUGACAGUUUCUUUUCACAAGUUCGGUGACUUCUUUCCUGGAACUGGACACAUCAAAGACAUUGGAGCUAAUUCUGGGAAGCAUUACUCUUUAAAUGUUCCACUCAAUGAUGGAAUAGAUGAUGACAGUUUCAGAGGUCUUUUCAGGCCCAUCAUUCAAAAAGUCAUGGAUAUAUACCAGCCAGAUGCAGUUGUCCUGCAAUGCGGGGCGGAUUCACUCUCUGGUGACAGGCUUGGUUGUUUCAACUUGUCUGUAAAAGGUCAUGCUGAUUGCUUGCGAUUUCUUAGAUCUUUUAACGUCCCUCUAAUGGUGCUGGGUGGAGGAGGAUACACUAUACGAAAUGUAGCUCGUUGCUGGUGCUAUGAGACAGCAGUCGCAGUUGGUAUAGAACCUGAUAAUAAGCUUCCUUACAAUGAGUAUUAUGAGUAUUUUGGCCCAGAUUACACCCUUCAUGUGGAGCCUAGCAACAUGGAAAACCAGAACUCGCCCAAAGAUUUGGAGAAAAUCCGGAAUAUUCUUCUAGAGCAACUAUCUAGAAUAACUCAUGUUCCAAGUGUUCCAUUUCAGACAACUCCUCCUAACGCAAAGGAGCCAGAAGAGGAAGAAGAAGAAGAUAAGGAUCAAAGAAUGAAACCUCGCAUUUGGAAUGGUGAGGAUUAUGAUUCUGAUCCCGAGGACCAUGUGAUGCCUUAACACCGGACUUUAAAAUCUGAGGACGGUUUGUAGAAAAUGAUGGCAAGAGAUAACAUCUGAGAUGUGGAGUGUGAGAGCAACGCCUAUGCAGGAUUGGAACAUAUAGUUGCAUCAUGGCUCGAACAGAAACAUACAUUGGACCAUCCUUAAAGAUGGAGAUUACUUUAUUUUUUCGGAGUUUACUUGACAAAAGAGAUGGUAUUAAUGUCAAUUAAUUAGGUGUAAUUAAUCUCUGUGCAUCCUCUUAUACGGGGAACGUAAAGAAAAGGAUCAAAGGAGCUAGCACUUAGCAUGGGCACUACCUUAUUUGAACAUUGGCAAAACUGCCUCUAUUUUGGGUGACAGAUUAGUCGAUUCGUGUAACUCUUCAAAUAGGUGAUUCUUGUUAAUAUAUGUAAACAUUAAGCUAGAAGUUCAGUAUAAAGCUGUCAUGUUAGUUUCUUCUCC